UUUUGCUUUUCCGAGGAGCGUUUCCUAACUCCCUUCCCAUCUUCUCUCUCUCCAUUCUCACUUUCGCUGUUCAGUUUACCAAAUCUGGGUUUUCUUCCCUCUUUCUACAACGAGAGAAAAAGUCGAUACGGUAAGAGAAGAAAAAAGGGCUCUUGGAGAACGAACUCACACAGAGGUUGAUCCCGCGCUCUGAUCAUCAAUCUUUGAAUCAUUCCCUCCUUGUUCAUUUCUGGAUUGCUGUUUCUGUGCAUUGGUAAGGUGUUAUCCUCUGUGAUCCAACGCUGGAGCAAUGAGGACGGAAGUCGGAAAGAAUCCGAAGUCAUCUUGGCCGAAACUGGUUAUGAAAAAAUGGCUAAACAUAAAGAGUGGCGCCGACGAAUUUCAUUCCGAUUAUACCGUUAAGGCCAUGGCGAAUCGAUGCGAGCGAAGGAAGAGUUGCUCUGACGGAGACUACUGCGUGAUCGUACCGGAUCAAGUCUCAGGGUGGUUGACGGAAGGAAGAAAUGGCUUCAAACGGCCCAGAGCUCAGGAACUGCAGUCGGCUGUCACCAACGAAUCCAUCAACCUCAGGAUGUUGGUGGGGACAUGGAAUGUCGGAGGGAAGACGCCCCACGAGGGUUUGAAUAUCCGAGAUUGGUUCACGACUCAGGCUCCUGCCGACAUUUACGUUCUUGGGUUCCAAGAAAUUGUCCCUCUUAACGCAGGCAACGUUCUGGGGGCAGAGGACAGCGGCCCCUCUGCUAAGUGGCUUUCCCUCAUUCGUCGGGCGCUGAACCUAAACAGAAAGGAACAUGAACUUCCUCAAUAUUACGAGGAUGCCACCAACCCAGACAAGCCCAGGGUCAGCUUCUCCGACCUCCUUUCCUUGGAGGACGAGCUCGAGAGAGAAGAUUCACAGACGUUCCUGAAUCAGAAUCCUAAUUCUAACUCCAACGGCUCUCCCAAUGGAAUGCCGCACCGCUACUGCCUGGCUGCGAGCAAGCAGAUGGUGGGUAUCUUCUUGUGCGUUUGGGUUAGGGCUGAUCUUCAGCGGCAUAUUAGUAAUUUGAGGGUGUCUUGUGUUGGGAGAGGCAUCAUGGGAUAUCUUGGAAAUAAGGGGUCGAUAUCAAUUAGUAUGACAUUGCAUCAGACCACCUUCUGCUUUGUUUGCACCCACUUGACCUCCGGGGAGAAACAAGGUGAUGAGGUUAGAAGAAAUUCGGACGUUACAGAAAUAUUGAGGAAAACAAGGUUUUCUCCCACUUGUAGCUGUCCUGGACAGCCACUACCUCCUGAUAGCAUAUUGGAACACGACAAGAUCAUUUGGCUUGGGGAUCUAAAUUAUCGCCUGGCAUCUGGUUGUGGGGACGUAUAUGAGCUACUUAAAAGGAAUAAUUGGCAAGCACUUCUAGAGAAGGAUCAGCUAAAAAUCGAGCAGAGAUCUGGUCGAGUAUUCAAAGGCUGGGAAGAAGGGAGGAUAUACUUUGCACCAACCUACAAAUAUCUUGCCAAUUCAGACCAUUAUGUUGUCCACACCUCUAAAUCUAAGGAGAAACGACGCACUCCUGCUUGGUGUGACAGGAUAUUGUGGAAGGGUGAAGGACUAAAGCAGAUGUGGUAUUUAAGGGGAGAAUCCAGGUUCUCAGACCAUAGACCAGUGUAUGCAAUGUUCUCAGUUCAAGUGGACGUUGUAAACAAGAGCAAGCCCAUGCGGUCCUGCAUCUCUAAACCAACAACAGUAACUUGUGUGGCCAAAGUCCAAGCUGAAGAGCUUUUGCUACUACCCAGGGCUCAAAGCUUCAGAGAAACUUCCGGCUCUGAACUAACAUCUCACAUUUUGAGUGGGAAGCAACCCACCAAUGCAAGAAUCACAGCGCAGUAGACUGACAACACUGAUACGGCACAUGAACCAAGAAAUAUCGGCCUUACAUACCCCGAGCAUGUAUGCCAUUUUUAACGGUUUGGAUGAGCGUGCUUGAUGGGUGAUGAUGAUAUUCAUUAUGGGUUUGCCCAAGCCGAAGGCCUGGGCUCGGCGUGCAAAUGGCGUCACGCCUGGUGCUUGACGCGUGGAUAGAGGAGGAAUUGAGCAAAUGCAUGGGGCUGAAGCUGAUCAUGAUCAGAUGGGGGUUGCAGGUGAGUGGAUGGAUUGAGAAGUCAGGAAUGGAGUGCAAGGAGUGGCUUGGCCUGGGCUCUGCGGUCCUGCCCCGUGUACAUUUUAAGAGGAUGGUGGGCUUGACUAAAGUGCUCAAGAGAGAACGAUAGUGAUCAGCUUUUGCAGAAUGUUUUCUUUCUUUUGGGUUUUUUGGUUUUUUGUUUUUUUGGUUGGCAAGAAGAAAAGGCUAAUUCAAGUGUAAAAACGUGUAAAAAUGGGUUUUACAGUUAAAUAGAGAAAGUGAGGACGGAGAAAGGGGGAGCCCAAGGAGACAGAAAUGAAUGGCUCUUAUAUGACCAUUUCAUUCUUUGCCUUUUGUCAAUUUUGUUCAUUAUUAUUAUUAUUUUAAUGACAAAUUACCAUUUCUUCAA